AUGUCGCAUCACCACAACUUGGACGUUGGCAAAACUGCGCUAUUCAACACAACCGCAACCGGCGCCGAUCUAGCCUCCCCCACCGCAUUACCAGGCGCAAAGUCUCCGGGUGUCGCACGCAUCGAAGCCCUCAACGCGCACACGUCCUUCAUCAACCGCUGCUGCAUCUUCUUCGGCAUCUUCCUCAUUGCGUAUGCGUAUGGUGGCGCGCAAUCGCAAUGGGGGACUGCCAAAGUCAUUGCUCCUCUUAUCAUCGGCUUCAUGUGCCUCCCCGCCUUUGUCCUCUGGGAACGCAGAGCACCUCAUCCAAUGCUCCCGUUCCAUCUACUGAAGGAUCGUGCGGUUUGGGGUGCUUUAGGUAUUGCUUGCACUUUGAACUUUGCAUGGACCAUGCAAGGCGACUUCCUGUACACUGUACUAGUCGUCGCAUUUGAUGAAUCAGUAAAGAGCGCAACUCGCAUCAGCUCUUUGUACAGUUUCUCCUCGGUAAUCACCGGAUUGAUCCUUGGUGGUGUUGUAUUCAAGGUCCGCCGCUUGAAACCUUUCAUCGUCGCCGGAACUUGUCUUUUCGUGGUAGCUUUUGGUCUUCUAAUUUACUACCGUGGCGGCUCUGGCGAUUCGUUGCAUUCCGGCAUCAUCGGAGCGCAGAUAUGCUUGGGCAUUGCAGGAGGCAUGUUUCCAUAUCCUGCACAAGCCAGUAUCCAAGCUGCUACAAAACACGAGCACGUCGCAAUCGUAACGGGCAUUUAUCUCGCUACCUACAACAUUGGCAGCGCGCUUGGUAAUACAGUCUCAGGUGCUAUGUGGCAGCAGAUCAUCCCAAAUGAGUUGGCCCGUCGCAUUGGCGAUCCCUCGCUCGCAGCCGUCGCGUAUGGUGAUCCGUUUGCAUUUGCAACUCUAUACCCAGUGCAAACCCCAGAGCGUAUCGCUGUGAUACAGGCAUACAGACACGUGCAAAAAUUACUCUGCAUCACGGGUAUAUGUCUUGCAGUACUUCUUGUCGCUUUCUCGCUGGUCAUCCGGAACCCGGAGUUGGGCAAGGACCAGAGCCUGAAGCAUGCUGAGGAGGAUGCAGAAGUCAAUUGCUCGGAUAGUAGGUCCUAG